AUGUACAGUGCCAAAGUUGGUGUGGCUGAAAUGUUUUACCAGAUUGAAGGUUCACCAAUAUGGCUCCUUCUUCUUCUUCUUUCUAUACUUUAUACUUACCUUUCUCUCACUCAUGACUGGUUCUCUCUAAUGAUAGUACUGUCACCUAUUUUGGUUUUCUUAAUUAUCUCUCUCCAUCUUUUCUCUGUUUCUGCCCUCGUAUUUCCUCUCUUUGUGCUUGAUUCUGUGAAAGGUUUCGCAUCUGUUCCGUCCAUGCACCUCACCUCUCAUUCCUGUACCCUCUCCGGAGCCUCUCAUCCAUGGGACCAAUCAAACACCAUAUUAACUCUGGCAAAUCCUUGGUGGACAGGCCAGGGGGGGUUAUCUGGGGUGGACCCAGGAACCCAUUCACCUGGCCUAAGCAAACGUCACGCAGACCUUGCAAUCAAUGAAACCAGUGGUGGUCAUAAUAGAGAAGAGGAUGAAGACAAUAGAGAUGAACCGAGAGAGGGUGCAGUUGAGGUUGGAACCCGCAGACCUAGAGGAAGACCUCCUGGAUCCAAAAACAAGCCAAAACCACCCAUUUUUGUGACAAGGGACAGCCCAAACGCCCUGAGGAGCCAUGUGAUGGAGAUAACUGGAGGAGCUGAUGUUGCCGAAAGUGUAGCUCAAUUUGCAAGAAGGCGUCAGCGUGGGGUUUGUGUCCUCAGUGGCAGUGGCUCCGUGGCCAAUGUUACUCUUAGACAACCUGCUGCUCCUGGAGCUGUGGUGGCACUUCAUGGGAGGUUUGAGAUUUUGUCCCUCACUGGGACUUUCUUACCUGGUCCUGCUCCUCCAGGAUCCACGGGACUCACUGUAUAUCUAGCUGGAGGACAGGGUCAGAUAAUAGGAGGGAGUGUGGUUGGCUCUCUAGUUGCAGCAGGACCAGUGAUGGUGAUUGCUGCAACUUUUGCUAAUGCAACAUAUGAGAGACUUCCACUUGAUGAAGAUGAUGAGGGGCCUAGUUCAGCCGCUGCGGUGCAAGGCGGAGGAUCGCCGCCGCCACUUGGAAUUGGAAGCAGUGGGGGUGGCCAGUUGCAGGGUGGGAUUCCAGAUCCAUCAUCUUUGCCUUUGUAUAAUCUUCCACCAAAUGGAGGAGGGGGGCAAGUGGGGCAUGAAGCCCUUGCUUGGGCUCAUGGACGGGCACCUUUCUGA